AUGCCCCCGAACCAAUACCCCUUCGCCGCUCCUUCAUCCUCCAUCCAAGGCGCCCCGGUUGGCCCGAAUGCUCAACGUCGCUACUUCCAGCAACCUGCUGCUCAGCCCUCUUCAGCAAAUCUCCUUCCGUCGUCACGGAGAUUCUCCAACGGUAGCACCGACUCUUUCCACAGUCAGAGCACGAACCAUAGUGCCAUACAUGCGAAUCUUGCUCGUGGACCCUCGACAAAGAGUAACCAGACCUUCUCAAGCAACCAGUCCCCAUACUCAGUCCCAACGCAGCACGCUCCUUCCGUAGCGCCUUCCCUUUCAGACAAGUUCUCUCUUUCUCCGGACCCUGCUGCCUGGGGUGCAGACAUCAACCACUCUGAACCUGAUGACUUCUUGCACAACCCCGAUCCAAGACGCGACCGAAAGAACGACAGAGACCAUGAUGUGUUCACCUUGCGCGGUGUUUCCAAUCUUGGUUGUCUGCUUAUACUUGGCGUCGGGCUAGUCACUCUUUUUGCGGGAUAUCCACUCAUCAGUCAUUUCCAAUCUCAUCCUCUUUCCUUCUUCGGUGGAUUCAAUGUCGGCGGUACCAAUGCGACUGGGCAGGUACCGUCAAUGACGGGGAAUUUUGGUUUAAUCGACGUCGCUACGCCAAAAGAGUUCCACACGAUUAAUUCCUAUCAUUCGCCCAAUGAACAACUUCAGCUCGUUUUUUCUGACGAAUUCGAGGUCGAGGGUCGUAGUUUUUACCCUGGUGAUGAUCCAUACUGGGAAGCUGUCGACCUCCAUUAUUGGCAAACAAACAACCUUGAGUGGUACGAUCCGGCUGCUGUUACAACUAGAAAUGGCGCCUUGGAAAUCACCUUGUCGAAAAAGGAGACCCAUGAUUUGAACUACGAGGGUGGCAUGUUGUCAACAUGGAACAAGUUCUGCUUCACGGGAGGUGUCCUCAUUGCUGCUGUCAAUCUUCCAGGUACUACCAAUGUCCAUGGAUUGUGGCCAGCUGUGUGGGCUAUGGGAAACCUGGGACGUGCAGGUUUUGGUGCAUCCUUAGAUGGCAUGUGGCCUUAUAGACAAAUAUCCAGCUACGACUCGUGUGAUGUCGGGACUGCUCCAAAUCAAACAGUCAAGGGGCUUCCCUUGGCUGCAACCAUUAAUGGUGACCCCAGUGCGGAUGAUGCCCUAUCUUACCUUCCUGGGCAACGCUUGUCUCGCUGCACUUGCCCCGGCGAAUCACACCCGGGACCAAUCCACGCCGAUGGCACUCUUGUUGGUCGCGCGGCCCCUGAAAUCGAUGUCUUCGAAGCUCAGAUCGGCAAAAAUAUUGGCCAAGUCUCCCAAUCGUGCCAGUGGGCGCCUUUCAACAACGAGUACAAAUGGUUCAACACUUCGGACAAUCUCAUCAUCAAUGACCCAACGAUAUCUGAGUUGAACUCGUAUCUUGGCGGCGCCUUCCAACAGGCCACCUCUGUUGUUUCCAAUACCAACCAACAAUGCUAUCAGCUCAAAACCACGUGCUUUGAAGUUUUUGGCUUUGAAUACAAACCCGGCAUGCACCCACCCUGUUUUGCUGGUGCUUACAUCUCCUGGAUUGCCAACAACAAACUUGUCUGGACCUUGAACCAAGGCGGCAUGGCUGCCGAUCCAGUCGUUCAAAUCGGUGAACGACCUAUCCCUCAAGAGCCCAUGUACAUUAUUGCCAACCUCGGAAUGUCGCUCAACUUCGGCGCUGUUGACUUCGAGCGUCUGACCUUCCCGGCGGUCAUGCGCGUAGAUUAUAUUCGGGUGUACCAACCCAAGAACGCAAUUAACAUCGGCUGCGACCCAGCCAACUUCCCGACCCAGGCAUAUAUCAACGAGUAUAUUGAGGCAUAUACCAAUCCAAAUUUAACUACUUGGGAGGACGACUUCAAACAACCGAUUCCCAAGUCUUCUAUUCUCGGCCAGUGUUGA